CGAAGCAGCGAAUGGCGGAGGUAGGUUUGAACCACGGUGAGCUGAGGAUCGGGCCGUGCGGUGAUCCUUUCAGCCACGGCAUUUGGUAUGUAAAGCUGAACUAUCCCAGCGACGAUCUUGAUUCAUCGCCAACUGCACAUUCUUUCUCUUCACAAGACUCAACAUGCAUUCAUCUUUAUUCACGUUGUUGGUGGUGGCGGCAUCUGCCCAGGCCUCAUGUGCCCGGGCCACGCGCAAGUUCUCUCUCAAGACCACUUACGACUCGAGCAACUUCUUUGAUCAAUUUUACUUCAGAGAUGCUGCUUACUACGAUAGCAUUGACCCUUCCUACGGAGGGGAUCCCACUCACGGAUCAGUGAACUACUUGGGCAAAAGCAAAGCUCAAUCUGCCGGUCUUGCCAAAACAACCAACGGCCGAGUCUACGUCGGCGUUGACUCUGCGAACAAGGCUAAACUUCUUGGUUCAAGCAAGACCAGACAUGGUAGAGACAGUGUCCGUCUAGAGUCUAAGGCUACUUAUGGUAAUGGCCUUCUGAUUGCCGACAUUGAGCACAUGCCUGGUACUGCUUGUGGUGUUUGGCCAUCAUUCUGGUCGUACAACUUUGACGAGGACCCAGUCGGGGAGAUUGACAUCAUCGAGGGGAUCAACGACCAAAGCCAAAACGUCGUCUCGUUGCAUACAUGUGGCACUUGCAAGUUCACCAAGAUCGGCGGUCUCGACGAGCGCCCUAACUGCAACAACGGCGGAACUGAGUCUGAGCAAUGCGAGGACGGCACGAACUACGACGGUUGCGGUAGCACUCACGCCUCUGGUUCAUACGGAUCAGCCUUCAACAAGGGCAAAGGAGGUGUCUAUGCUGUUUGGCUUGAGUCAGAUGCUCUGAAGAUCUACUGGUUCAACCGCCAGAGCAUCCCCGCCGACAUCAAGUCUGGAAACCCCGAUCCCAGCAAAUGGGGUACUCCUGCUUCGCAGUUCCUUAGCGGUUCUGGUUGCAAUGUUGGAAAGUACUUCAAGGGACAGACCAUCAUUAUCAACACAGCAUUCUGUGGAGACAACAUUGACCAAGGCACUUGGAACGAAGAGUGCAAGGCUUCUACUGGAUCUAAGACCUGUGAUGACUAUGUCACUAACCAUCCUGAGGCCUUCAAAGAGUCGUACUGGCUCUUCAACUCCAUCAAGUAUUACCAAUAGUCAUUAUGGUUAUGAUUAGAAGCAAACGUGUUAUCUUCCAGUUUGCAUGCCUUUCAAGAUUAGCCCAACGAUUUUACUUGUUGCAAUGCCAAAAAUAG